UUCCCCCCUUCAAUUUCUCACUUCUUUAUUCUUCUUCUUCUUCUUCUUCUUCGCCUGCUCCUACUGCUUCAUAUACUGCGAGAGAAAAAGACUGUUUCUUCCUCUCCAUCGAGAUUUUGAUUUUUCUCGGAAUCCAAACGCCAUCGUAAGCCUGGAAUCUUUCUCCCCGCCCACUUUCCUUCCCUUUUGUUCCUCCUUUUUUGCUGCUCCCCCACCCUUUCCUCUGUUUUUCCUAAAAACAGAGUGUGCUUACAGAGAGCUUUUUCGAUUCACUCGGGGAAGAAGAGGCUGGUUUCUGGAGAACAAUUUUUGAUUCGUUUGCUGGGUUUCACUUUCCUGAGAAAAAUCUCCUUUUUCCCUCUUUGUGAGUGAGUGAGAGAGUGAGUCUGUCAUUCAGUCCUUACCUCUCUCUCUCUCCGUUCCGCCCAUUCAAUCGCCAUUUCUCUGUGUCUGCUGCUCUCGACCCUUUUCCUCUUUGCCUUUUUUUUUUUUUUGGUUUGUUUGAACGAAGGGCACACCACGCUCUAGCUUUCUCCCUUCGAAGUUUAUCGUGCUUUAAUAGGGGAGUGCACGCUUUUGAAGAAAGUUUCACAAAUAUCCAUUAAUGGCUCAGAUGAUAUCUCCCCCUUUCAUACCUUCCCUUUGAAAACCCCUUUCUUCUUCUUCUUCAUCCCCUUUAUUCUCUCUCCCUCUUGUGCCUCCGCCUCGAAAGAAUCUCUCUCCCCUCUUUAUAUUUUGAUUUCUAGCCCUUUCACUCUUCUCAAAUGCCAAACUACUGAUACCCACAGAUUCGUGCAAACAAAAUUUGGGCAAAAAGAAAUGGAUACCAACGCCGGCGAUGUUCGUUCCACCGCGCCGGUCAAGUUCAGCGAGUACCGGAAUCGCACCAAGCUCGUCCGUUCUCCUUUCCCCGCCGACGACUCUGUCUCGUCGGAGACGAAGCCCACUCAAGUCGUCAGAAUAUCUGUUACCGACCCAGAUGCCACCGACUCGUCCAGUGACGAGGGAGAGACGGAGUUUUCCGGGCAGCGGCGGAGGGUGAAGAAAUUUGUCAGCGAGAUUACAGUGGAGUCCUCUUGCUCUGUUUCCGGCGCCGGUUCUUCGUACGACCCUGUUUGGGGGGCGAGGAGGAGAACCUCGAGGUCGAAGGCCGGGAGAUCGAAAUCUUCCACCGGUGGAGUAGAUUUGUCUGUGAGGCCGGCGGAGCCGGCGAAGAAGUUCAGAGGUGUCCGGCGGCGGCCGUGGGGGAAGUGGGCGGCGGAGAUAAGAGACCCGCUCAAGCGCGUGAGGCUCUGGUUAGGUACGUACGAUACAGCCGAAGAAGCCGCGAUGGUGUACGACAACGCGGCCGUCCAGCUGCGUGGACCCGACGCGCUCACCAACUUCCUCACCCCUCCUCCGCCUCCGGCCACCGCCACCACCACCGCUCCUACCUCCAGCUCAGAAUACAACUCCGCCGAGGAGUCGCGCAACGACAGCAAGCCCGCCGGCGGCGGCAGCCGCUCCCCCACUUCAACCCUCCGUUUUCCCUCUCCGUCGUCGCAAGAAGAGGCCGAAUCGCAGUCACAAUCACAGUCGCAGAGCACCACUUUCACGGCGGCGAAAGAGGAGUCCUCCGAGAUCUCCGAGUUCUCUUCCAUGGAGGCGCUCUUCGCCGACGAGGCCUACGAUUUCAAGAGCUCGAUGCGGGACAUCUUCGACGAGACCAAUCUGGCGGUGGAGGGCCUCCUGAGCCAGGAUUUCAUCGGCGGGGAGUUUUUCACCGGUGCGGUCGGGUCGGGCGACGAUUUUGGGAUCGGAUUCUCCAGCUGGAACCCGGACGAGUGCUUUCAAGACAUCGGCGAUCUUUUCGGGUCGGAUCCUAUGCUUUCCGUAUGAGAAGAGGACAGCAGCGAGUCUGAGCUCGUCGGACCAGACUUCAGCCUUUUUGUUGCCGGCAGAGUGUCACCGGCGGGAAGGGAAGAAAACAAAAUCCGACGAAGAAUCUUUGGGUUGUUAUGUUUCCGUUUUCUCUUUCCUUCCUUCCUAGUAUCAAUUUUGUCCCCUUUUUUCGUUCUUUUCUGUUUAAUAUUUUGUUUUUUUAUUUUGAAUGAAAGAUGUGAAUUGUUAUUAGCAGAAUAUAUUAUAUGAAUAUUAUUUAAUAUUUUGAAACUGAUGAAUGGAAAUGAAAAAAAUUGAGCCGUCUGUCACAGUAACGGUGACGGUCUAAGUUUGGGCUACGUGUUAUCAGGCCUUUUUUUUAUAGUUUUUACUGGGCUAGUAUUUGGAAGGGGCACGUGUUCUCGUCACGUGACCGCGACUAUUUUUGGAAAUAUAAUAAAAAGAUUAAUAACGCAUGAACGCUAAUUAAGAUAUAAAUAAUUAUUUUUGUAAAAAAGGAAAAGUGGACGGUGGGAUAGGGUGGUACAAAGGUACACGUGCUGAGAAUCGGACGGCUCAAAAAGGAGGGGAAUUUGAACGAAGGGGAGAAGGAACAACCUUGACUAGGAAGUUCAAAUAGAAGAGUCCCACUUUUCUCUUUCCGUGCUACAACAAGAGCAAAAGGCCAAGAAGAAACGUUUCGAUUAUAUCCAUUAUUUUGGAAAGUAGAUAUGUUUUUUUUAGGGCAUUUGCAUUGUAUUCCAAAUUAUGUGAAAAGGUCAAACUUGGAAUGACCUGGAUCAAGGAGUUACCUUGUUAAUAAAGUGACUCAAUAGUUGAGUUAUUAAAUUCUCUAUUUAGACGAGGGAUGUUUACAUUCCAUAACAGUUUAUAAGAGUAUCCGGUGUCUGAUUCAUUAAUACAAUGGUUGACAUGCGAAGAAAUCGACAUUUCACACAGACGAUAUCUCGCUUACAUAUCCAUCAUUUACCCACCUCUGAUGGAUUACAUAAAUGGAUCCCUUGUGUCGGUCUGUUACUAAAGGGAAUGUCAUAUUAUAAAAUAAGGACGCUAAAGUUGUGUAACUAUAUUAUAAUAGUCAAACCGAUAUUUUUCAUCCACUGCACACAAGAAUAACAAUAUCUUCAAUAAAAAAACAUUCGAAACGAAGAUUUAUAAAUUAGGAAACAGUGAAUUAUUUAUAUUUGUUUGGCUUCUUAUAAAUGAAAAUUAUGUUGUAAAUUUCUUUGUCCUAUUAAGAGGAGGGGUCCAAAGAGAACUAAUAUGUAUUUAAGCCGAUACUAGUUGGAGUACAAUUUGAGAAAGCAGAGGUCAAAUGUUACACAUUAUUGUCAAUUGUCACUUAACUUGUUUGGCAAACAACAAAUGGAAACGACAGUAGAAAAUUUAGAGGUGUAUGUUGGAUUUUAUUAUGGGAUGAAAUCUAUGGGCAGUCCAGAUAGAUAUCUUGCAUUUUACAUCACAAAAGUUUCCAUCAGAUUUAUAAUCCACCACAACAACUGUCGGAUUUUAGGUUAAGAUUGAUAAAUUUCAUUCAUUGAAGAUGUGAAUGAGAUUUUGUAAAUAAUUGUAUAUAUUUAUAAUUGAAUUUCUCCUAACAGUUUGAUUAUUGGGAUCAAUUGGUUAUUUAUUACAUAGUAAUCGAGUCUUUGAUGAUCGAGAAUUUGUAUGUGAACCUCGACGAUCUUUAAUUUCGUACACAUGAUAUUCAUACAUGUGCAAAUUUCAAACUCAUAUGAGUUGGUUUUCAUUUGCGAAGCGUGUUAGUAAAUGGUACCAAAACCCAUAAUUAAACCUAUUCUAACAACUCGAGUUGUUGGAACCCAACUAUUUAUUAGCAGAGGUUCAUAUACCAGAUUUAGCAUAAUACAUAGAGUGUAACUUGGAUUAUGGAGUUCCAAGCGCAAGUAAAUUUGACUAUUAUGUUGACGUUGGGAAAUUAGCACCAAUGAAUAUCGUUGAUCUUG